AUUUCCAUAGUUUCAGAACCAGAACAAAAUUCCGAGUGUAACAAUAAAAUUAUUCUCCUCAUUUCGUUUUAAACAGUUUUCUCAGAUCAAUUCAUAUUUUCUUUAUUUUUGGUACUUACAAAGAUCCGAAACAUAUUGAUUUGCGCACAGUCCAGUUCACUAAAAUUCCAAAAAUACAUUGCGUUUAAGUCCAUUAAACAGAUUUGCGUGAAGGCGUUAACAAUAAAUCUCGAAAAUUUCGCGGAAUUUAGCACUCGUUCGAAAACAGGGCCAUACCAUGUUGCCACGUCGUCAGUCCGCACCAGCGCUGGCUCCGCAGCAGUCUCGUGUGCCACCAAAGACUCAGGAACAGCAGAACAAGCAGGAGGGAGAUGGCCAGGUGGCCUUGCAGAGGCAGCCGCAGCAGGCUGAGGGCACCAACAGUUCCAAUGUGCUGUGCGAGCGCCCCAAAGAGACGGUGAUCAGUGAUUUUCUCGUUUCACUGCUGGAGUGUCCAGUCUGCUUUGGUUAUAUGAUGCCACCGAUCAUGCAGUGCUCGCGUGGACAUCUGAUUUGCUCCUCGUGCCGCCACAAGCUCAACGUGUGUCCCGUGUGUCGCGUCACUCUCACCAAUAUACGCAAUUUGGCCAUGGAGAAGGUGGCCUCCAAGUUGAUCUUUCCGUGCAAACACACCUGUUAUGGCUGUCGCAUGCGUUUGUCGUAUACGGAUAAGAAGACCCAUGAGGAGGAUUGUGAGUUUCGUCCCUACUUCUGUCCCUAUCCGGAUGAGAAGUGCGUCUGGCAGGGUCCCCUCAAGGAUGUGUACAAGCAUCUGGUGACCACUCACGAGAAUGUCAUUACCAUGGAUGGCAAUGAUAUCAUAUUCUUGGCCACCAACGUAAAUCUGGAGGGGGCGUUGGACUGGACAAUGAUACAGUCCUGUCAUGGUCGCCACUUUCUACUCUCGCUGGAAAAGAUCCAUCUGGGCGAGGGCUGUCAGCAGUACUUUGCUGCCUGUCGCAUGAUUGGCUCCAUGCGCGACGCUUCUGACUUUGUCUACAAUAUCUCGCUUGAGGCCAACAAUCGUACUCUUAAGUGGCAGUCGAAACCACGCUCUAUACGCGAGAGCUUUGUGGCCUUCACAAAUGCUGACUUUCUGGUCCUAAAUAAGUCCACCGUAGAGCUAUUUUCCGAGGACGGCAAUCUAGCCCUAAACGUGAUCAUCUCAAAAGCCAACGAUGCCGGUGAGGAGUGAGAAAGUUCAGAUGGGAGUGUGUUCGGCAGUCGACUCAAAAGUGGUCUGUUUCGACUGGAGCACAGUUGUAAGGCCUUUGGAGACACCACACCUUUCUUCUUUUUAAAGGGCCCCAUUAUUGGAUUUGGCCAACAGAUGUCUAAUAACUUCACAAGUAAAUGUAUACUCUCAAACUUAUCGAUAAACAAACAAUAAUGCGAUCCCACGUCUGCAAUUGGGCGCAACAAUCCGAAUUUCCUCUUUUGAAUUUUUCACACUUUGACAAUUGUUUUUGGUUUUUGAGAUUAAAAUUUUCGUCCUCAAAAUUUGUUUCGUAUGUAUAAUAUAAUGAUUAUUUGCGUGAUUACCAAAGUAGAAAA